UGGCGGGCCGAGGUGCCAAAGCGAGGUGGGUGACAUUGCCGAGAAGGCCCAUCCAAGCCAGAGCUGAACAGCAGACCAGGCGGAUACUCCAGACGGACGCCUGAGGCGAAUUUGGGUUGCCAGAGGAGCUCCAUUUGCCUGCCUCCCUCUUGUCGCCGCUCACCACUCCGCGCGCACGCGGCCGUUUGGGCUUGGAGGCAGGACACUUCCCCGGCGGCAGCCCGUAGCGGGAUUCAUCGUAGUCUCCUCGCCUCCCCCGACUACCAGGCAGGAUGAGCUCGAUGGCUACGUUCGGGAGCCCAGGGGGCGAGAUCGACACGGAGUUUCCCGCACGCUUGGCCGCGAAGGACACCAAGACCGCCGUGAACGAGUUCUGCCAGCGGUUCUGUCACAGACCGGUGACCAAGGAGGACAUCCAGUAUGUCGUGCAGAAGUACCCCGGCGGGUUCCAGGCCACCGUGAAGCUGAAUUGCAUCGAGGGGAAGGAGUUCGCGGGCGAGCUGGCCCCGACUCAAAAGGAAGCCGAGAAGAGCGCCGGGCAGCAGGUCCUGGAUUUCUACGCCGAGCAGAUCAACAACAUGCCGAAGCUGACAGGCAAGAAGAAGAAGUCCUCGGGGUCUGGCCUGGGAGACCCAGCCGCGAAGGUUGCCAGGAUCGGAGAGCCAGCAGUUGUCGGCGCUCUUAGUCCGAAGAGCGAGUUGAAUUCGACUUGUUCCAAGAUAAUGAGGUGCGUCAUGGAGAAGGGCCACGUUGUCUACGAAGCGUACCAGGUGGGCAUGGCUCCGGAUCCGCAAUCUUUGCGACUCUUGUUUUCGGAGGGCACCCUCCCACAAAGUCCAAUCAGGCCAUCAGGUGGAUCCACCAUGCAGGUCUCAGCCAAGGGAAGGCGGAGCCGUCAGAUGUACACAAGGUGAAUUUGUCGGGCAGGUCUAGCAGCUGGAUCUCAUCAGUUGGUUUCGGGUCGCGCGAGCUCGGGCUGGGAUGUGUCAUCUGUACUGGGGGCUGCGGGCCAGACUGCAAGGCGAGGUCUUCUCCGCAAGCCUCUUCCGCUCCAGAGUGCGGAACAUCUGUUUUCACGUUGGCGGUUGGAUCUUUGAGAGUUGUUGUGGGGGCACGGAGUGGGCAGCAACUCUGGAACUGGCGGAUCUCAACAUCCAACUUUGCCGAAAACCUUCAGAUCAGCAACCUUCGUGAGCGUUGGCUCCCAAGGAAGCAGAGCAGAGUGCGGCUGCGAUCGCCCUGGAGGCCUUGCGCAGUGACCCCUCCCUCAUGGCCGCACACAACGCGCCCCAGAAGCCGAAGAACUGGACCCCUGGGCAGGGCAAGGGCAAAAGCAAGGGCCCUGGCUGCAUCACGAAGGGAGGGAAGGGUUUCUAAGCCUUGGUGGCAUACCCUAGGCAUACGUGGAGGCAUACGUGGUGCUCUGAGAAUGCCCUGGAGGCAUACCUGCAGCAAUCUUUGUGCUUCCUCCUACUCGGGCCAAGGUCUGU